UUGUCUUGUAGAGCAUCAGUAUCGUCAAGCUAAGAAGCAAAGACACUUCAAUACUAAUAACAAUAAUAAUAAUAAUUAUUAUUUUUGAGUUUAAAUAAUCAAUACAUUAAAGUUUGAGUAUAAAAAUAAAAAUGAAGUUCGUACUAAUUGGAUUGUUAGUGGCAUUACUUUACGUUGAGGCUCAAUCAUUUGUUUCAAGACCAGGAACUGGAGUUCCUAGACCGCCUAUAAAUUAUCCGAUACCGCCAUUCAACCCUGGACCUCCCAGAUGGCCAUCUGGCUACAGAUUUCGUCGCUCACCUCAAGGAGAAGUGAGCGCAUCAGUGAUCAAACCUGAACAUGGACGGCCGCAAAUGAACAUGGACUAUAACCAGAAUAUUUUUUCUGAUGAUAAUUCGAAACUCAGUGCCCAUGGAGGAGUUUCUUCCCCUGAUUUCAAACAUUUUACUCCCAAUGCAGGAGUUAAUUACGAGUGGAAUCCUAACAAGGACACAUAUUUGAGAGCGCAAACUGAAUUCCAAAAAUCACCUACCGGCCGGAUGGAGCCCAGCUUUGGAGCCCAAUUCGGAAUGAGAUUCCGUCGCUCUCCCCAAGGAUCAGUGGACGCGUCACUGAGCAAAUCUGAACAUGGACAGCCGCAAAUGAACUUGGACUACAACCAGAAUAUUUUUUCUGAUGAUAAUUCGAAACUCAGUACCCAUGGAGGAGUUUCUUCCUCCGAUUUCAGUCAUUUCACUCCCAAUGCAGGAGUUAAUUAUGAGUGGAAUCCUAACAAGGACACAUAUCUGAGAGCGCAAACUGAAUUCCAAAAAUCACCUACCGGUCGGAUGGAGCCUAGCUUUGGAGCCCAAUUCGGCAUGAGAUGGCGACGCGAAAUUGAAGGCCAAGAAGAAUAAUUUAUUUUAUAUUAAACCAAUAAUGAAUAUUAUUUAUAUUUUGUAUCAAUGAAUUACUCAAAUAAAAUACUAAAAUUUCAUAAUAAAUAAUCUAAUUGUCUGCA